UACGUUUCAAAUGUAAUCGGAGAUAGAGUAUUGUCUUGUGGAGAAGGUGAACAACUUGGUCAUCCUGGUCGCACAACCACAAAGAAGCCUCGAAAGGUGGACUUAGUGGAGGACGAGGGACUUCAAGUAGUUCAGGUUGUGGCUGGAGGUGUGCAUUCUGCUUUGCUGACUGCAGAUGGUGAAGUUUAUAUGUGUGGAAUAAAUGAACAGGGAACGGUUCCUGCCAUAGGAGUCGAACCAGAAGGUAGUACUGAUAAGUUCACUAAAGUUGAGUUAUCUGAAGAAAUUGCUUCCCAAGGAAAGAUUGUCAUGCUGGCAGCUGGCGCAAGCUUCACAGCAGCUCUCACUGACAAGGGAUCUGUAAUUGCUUGGGGAAACUUGAGAGAUACCAGCGGUGAAAUCAAUGUACAUCCACUCCUGACCAAGAUGAAGGAACAUCCUGUUGUAUUAAUACAUUAUAAGAAAAGGGUGAUAGUCAAGAUUGCUGCUGGAGAAAACCAUCUUGUUAUGUUAGAAGAGGACGGCAAAGUUCUAACUUUUGGUGAUGGUAAGAUGGGCCAAUUGGGAAGAAGCAAGAGGACGGGAUCAAUAAGGCCUCAAUACAUGGUUGAUGAAGAUGGAAGGUCCUUGAUAUUGAUACUGCAAGACAAGAAAAGGAAGGAUAUUCCUAUAAAGGACAUUCAUGCCGGAGGCUUCUGGACUAUGCUUGUCUCUGAUGACCAAGUUUUCUCUUUCGGUCUGAACAAUUUUGAACAUCUAGGAAUCCCUAUCGAAGGAGAGGACAAACGGGAACUCCGUAUUCUCACGCCCUGUGUUGCCAGAGCGUAUUUGGGUAGAUCAUGGACGCAUAUUGAUGGUGUGCAACAUAUAAUACUAAGUAGAAGAUCAUUUUCAGGAGAAGUAUACGGAAUUGGGAAAAACACGGAUAACGCUCUUGGUCUGGAACAGUUGCAUAUGUGUUUUAAAUGGUUUUGUAUCUCAGCCAUGAAAGAAACCAUCAUUCAGGUAUUCCACAUUGGAGCGUAUUCCAUUCCCACGAGAAUUGGGUUGUUCAGUGGCAUGGACGAAAAACGGUGUUCUCUAAUGUAUACUUAUGAUUGGUGUUUUCAGAUCGUUCCAACACCAAGAAAAAUUACGUCCGCACAUUUGGAUGGAUACAAAAUCAUCUGCGCCUCGAUUUCAGACAAUCAUUGUUUAUUCUUGGCCAAAAAAGGAUGA